UUUUUAAUGUCUGAUGCAACGGAGCUCUCGGCAAAGGAAUGGGGCUGUUGUUGACUGGACGUGGGUAGUGAGUGGGGGGGUCCGGCCGAGGUAAGGGCAGCAGCGCGCACUCGCCGGAGGUGAGAGAUGGUGUGUUUGCAGGAGGUUUGCGUGCAUGAAGUGGCCGAAUGUGCGGAGUUGCUGUCCUUGCAACGUCGUUGUUGUAGAAAAAAGGGGGAAAAAACUUCCCGUGCUUUCUUGGCAAAUCAGGAGGCUUUGUUGGUGGCGCCGGGGUGGUUUUAAUGCAUUUUUGUGUGUGAGGUUAUUACAUAAGGUUGAUAAUUUCUGUUGCUGCUGGAUUUCCCCUCCUCCCCCUCCCCCCUUGUGUUGUGUGCGGAUUUUGCUGGCUCGCUUUGAGUGAAUGAACUGGCGAUUUGCGAAGUUGCAAAGAACCCCUCCGCCCCCCCCCCCUUUUUUUUUUUUGCAUCUUUCUCCUCUCCCCUUUGCACUGUUCCGCAGUGACAAAAGGAGUAAACUUCCUCUACUUUUGCUGGCAUAUUAAGAAGCCUUUCUGGAGAGAUUACGGUAUCAAAGCCAUGCAUCUGUCUGCAGUUACUGUGCUGUUUUGAGCGUUUGAAGCGGUUUGGGGAGAGCAGGCGAGGGCUAUGUACACAGGCUGUGCAUCCCCGCUGGACUGUGCAGCCUGGGUUUGUGUCCCCACGGAGCGGCAGGGCAGGCUCUGCACGGGGGAGCACUACCUGAGCGCUUUGAUUUCAGUAUCUUGAGUCGUGAGAAGAAAGGUGUGUGAGAUGCAUUUUUUUUCCUCAACUUUCUAAAGGCUUCUUCUUGCUUGCUAUUUAUGAUGGGAUUAAUAAUUUUUUUCCUUCCUUUAAGAGGAAGGGAGUCACGUUCGUGUCUGUUUGUUCGUAUUUUUAAUUGUGGUUUUGUUGUUUUGUUCUUUUUUUUUUUUUUUUUUUAAUUUCAGGUUUUGGGAGAACCUCUCUUCUUCCCUUUGGUGGAAAUAUCGAUAAAACCUGUGUUUGAAACUAUUGCUUGACACAGGGUUUAGCAAAAAGAGACCCGUAAUGCCAGGAAUGGUCAGUAAAAACCCAGACCUCGAGUUUGACUCUUUGCAGCCUUGUUUCUACCCGGACGAAGAUGACUUUUAUUUGUGCGGGCCGGACUCCGCUCCCCCGGGCGAGGACAUCUGGAAAAAGUUUGAGCUGCUGCCCACCCCUCCUCUGUCUCCCAGCCGGGCCGGGCUCCAGGAGCACCCUCCGGGAGGGGGCCCAGUGCCGUGGGGAGGAGCGGCUCUGUGGGGCUGCCGCCCCACUGACCCCGUGGACUGGGCAUCGGAGCUGCUCCUGCUGCCGCCCGAGGCCGACCUGUGGGGCGGCAUGGACGGAGGGGACUUCUUCGAGACGGGCCCCGGCGUGACGAACAAUCUCAACUCGAUCAUCAUCCAGGACUGCAUGUGGAGCGGCUUCUCGGCGCGCGAGAAGCUGGAGCGGGCGGUGAGCGAGAAGCUGCAGAACAAGGCGCCCGUCGCGCCGCCGCCGCCCCCGGGGGCCGCGGGCAGCCCCGCCAGCGCCCGCGCGGAGCUGGGCGGCGCCGUGCCCGAGUGCGUGGACCCGGCCGUGGUCUUCCCCUUCCCCGUCAACAAGCGGGAGGCGCCGGCGGCGGCCGGAGGGGCUGCGCGGGGCGGCCGCCUGCCGCGCCCCGGCGGGGACAGCCGGGCGAGCAGCAGCAGCAGUUCCUCCGGGGACGACACGCUCAGCGACUCGGAUGAUGAAGAUGAGGAGGAAGAGGAUGAAGAAGAAGAAAUAGAUGUUGUUACAGUGGAGAAAAGACGCUCCUCUACCAACAAGUCUGUUACCACCCUUACUAUUACAGUGCGUCCUAAUAAUACCACUUUUUCAUCAGUCAGGACACAGCAGAAUGGACUGAUAUUAAAGCGUUGUGCCCCAAUUCACCAGCAGCAUAAUUAUGCUGCUCCUUCUCCAUUCGUGGAGACUGAAGAGUCUCCACCACAGAAAAAGUUAAAAGUUGAGGUGCCCCGUCCAGUAAAACCCACGAUCCAACCAAAGCUUAAGAGUUCAAGUCCUCGAAACUCUGAUUCGGAGGACAGUGAACGUCGACGCAACCAUAAUAUCCUGGAGCGUCAACGACGUAAUGAUCUACGGUCAAGUUUCCUCACUUUAAGGGACCAUGUUCCAGAACUGGUUCAAAAUGAGAAAGCUGCAAAAGUUGUGAUCUUGAAAAAAGCCACUGAAUAUGUUCAUUCUCUUCAGGCAGAGGAGCAGAAGUUACUGCUAGAAAAGGAAAAAUUGCAAGCCAGACAAGAACAAUUACUAAAGAAAAUAGAUUACAAGCGGACUUGCUAAACUUUUUUUUUUUUGUUUUGGUGUUUUUUUCUGGCUGAUCAGGACAGUCAUUGCCACUUUGCACAUUUUUGAUUCUUUAUAAAAAAAUUGUGUUUUUUGACGUUAAGAAUGUUGGUUUUAAUUUCAAUCCAGUCCCUGAAGUAAUCAACAGACUAUAUUAUCCGGGUACGGAGCAAAUGGAUUUUCUUGCAAGGAGUUUAUUGCAAGACUACCAAACAACAAUGGACUGCCUUUGUUUUUUCUCCUUAAGAACUGUAGAUGGUGGGGAUUUUUUUUUUUUUAAAGUGUUGUGAGCAUUUGGAGCUGCUGAUGACAUCUAGUUGAGUUUUAAAAUGUUCAUUCCUAAGUUUUAUGGUGCUUAUGUUCUAACAGAUGUUACUUUAGGGGUUGGCAUUUUGUGCCCCUGUGGGAAUUUCUGUAAAUACCAUCUACACACUUGCCUUUUGUACAUGUCUUGGGUUAUGAGAGGUGGCUUUUGCUGCCAGUAUUAGACUGGAAGUUCAUACCUAAGUACUGUAAUACCUCAAUGUUUGAGGAGCAUGUUUUUGUAUACAAAUAUAUUGUUAAUCUCUGUUAUGUACUGUACUAAUUCUUACAUUGCCUGUAUACUUUAGUAUGAUGCUGAUACAUAACUAAAUUUGAUACUUAUAUUUUCGUAUGAAAAUGAGUUGUGAAAGUUUUGAGUAGAUAUUACUUUAUCACUUUUUUGAACUAAGAAACUUUUGUAAAGAAAUUUACUAUAUAUGCCUUUUCCUAGCCUGUUUCUUCCAGUUAAUGUAUUUGUUAAUGUUUGGUGCAUAGAACUGGGUAACUGCAAAGUUCUGUGUUUAAUUUCUUCCAAUGAUGUACAUUUAGUGCUGCGUCUUAUAGCACUUUGAAAUACCUCAUGUUUAUGAAAAUAAAUAGCAAUUACAUGA